CUCUCUCACUCUUUCUUGCCCUUUUUUUAAUGUUAACUGUAUAUGCACCAACUGAUCCCACUCUCAGUGCAGAGCAUUGUGCAGUGCAGUGCAGUGCAUUUAUAAGUUAAAGCUACCUUCUUUAACUUAGCUUCCAUUGAAACACAAACAAAAAGAUAACAUUUUUAAUGUCUGAUCACAAAGCAAACGACCAGCUCUCCAAACCGACAUCAAUCUUCGGGCUUAAACUGUGGGUGAUUCUUGGUGUUUGUGUUGGAGCUGGGUUUGUGCUCCUUCUCUUCCUCAUUUCUCUAUGGCUGGUCUCAAAGCGCUCCAAAUCCAAGAACUCUCGAAGACCCACAAUCCCACUUGUCUCCAAAGAGAUCCAGGAGAUCAGAGUCGACCAUGGUCGAAACCACCACACCCACCACCAAGAGCCGAAGCCAACAACAAGGUCUCAACUUGAACCCGACCCAUCUCCCGAAUCCGACCCAGUUUCCGCAAUAGUUGAAAGACAAGCACUGCUUCCACCUCCAGAGGAAGAGAGCCCAAUGGGGUACCACCAAAGGAUUCACAUUGAGAUUGGGAAGGAUCAUAGGAUUUCUUACCCUGAGCGUUUCUGCAGGUCUUCUUCUUCGCAUGGCAGUGGGGAAGCUCGUGGCGGUGUUGAUCAGGUAGCUAUAGUGGUUCCUGAAGUUUCACACUUGGGGUGGGGGCAUUGGUAUACUCUGAGAGAGCUUGAGGCUGCCACAAAUGGUUUUGCUGACGAUAAUGUAAUUGGUGAAGGUGGGUAUGGGAUUGUAUAUCAUGGUGUUUUGCAGGACAAUAGUCAGAUUGCUGUCAAGAAUUUGCUCAAUAAUAGGGGACAAGCUGAGAAGGAGUUUAAGGUUGAAGUUGAGGCAAUUGGUCGGGUUCGGCAUAAGAAUUUGGUGAGAUUGCUUGGUUACUGUGCUGAAGGAGCUCAUAGGAUGCUUGUAUAUGAGUAUGUAAACAAUGGGAAUUUGGAACAAUGGCUUCAUGGGGAUGUAGGGCCUUGCAGCCCUCUUACUUGGGAGAUUCGGAUGAAUAUCAUCCUUGGAACAGCAAAAGGGCUAACUUACCUUCAUGAGGGGCUGGAACCCAAAGUUGUUCACCGAGAUAUAAAAUCAAGCAACAUUUUACUUGACAAGCAGUGGAAUUCAAAGGUUUCAGAUUUUGGCCUUGCUAAGCUCCUAGGUGCAGAGAGUAGCUACAUUACAACUCGUGUCAUGGGAACAUUUGGCUAUGUAGCUCCCGAAUAUGCAAGCACGGGAAUGCUUAAUGAAAGAAGUGACGUGUACAGCUUUGGGAUUCUUGUAAUGGAAAUAAUUACUGGGAGGAACCCGGUUGAUUAUAGCCGACCUCCAGAAGAGGUCAACUUAGUUGAGUGGCUUAAGAAGAUGGUCGCAAACAGGAAUGCAGAAGGAGUAUUGGAUCCAAAGCUGCCUGAGAAGCCUACUUCAAGGGCAUUGAAGAGGGCUCUUCUUGUUGGUUUACGUUGUGUGGAUCCCAAUGCACAGAAGCGGCCAAAAAUGGGACAUGUUAUACAUAUGCUGGAAGCUGAAGACUCCCCCUUCAAAGAAGAUCGUAGAGCUGGAAGGGAUGCAGGACGUGCAAAUGGUGACAGUGCAAAGGAUAUGUUGAAAGAGAAGCAGGUGAUGGAACCAGGAGACAGUAGUGAACGCGAAAGCGUAGUGAAUCAAAAUGAGGCAAGAUGGAAGCAUCAAGAAGACAAACUGUAAAGAUAUGCCGAUCUUGUUUAUAAUUGAUUGCACAUGUUGUCUAUAGUUGAAUUAAACCUCAAAUUCUUAUUACACCAAAAAUUAUACCACAAAUGCCAAGAGCCUUGUGACUCAAUGGCAUUCCUGGUUGGGUUCGAAACCUGCCUUGUUGUAAGCCAAAAAAAGAAAGGUACCACAAAAUAUCUAAACAAAAACAGUGAAUUUUAAUAGCAAUAAAUAGAUGAAAGUAGCAAGAAGCGCCUAUUAUUGAACAAA